AUGGCAUCGGAGAUAUGCAUCUACGAGCACGAUCCAGACACUAUUCUCCCGACCCUCGUAUCUGAACUGCCCUAUUCCACAAGUCUCCUCCGACGAAUCCAGCACGGCAUCGCCUAUCCAUUCAAGACCGCCCGCAUCCUAUCAACUUUCCCGCCCGGCUUAACCCCUGACUCUCGACAGCCAUGGCUGGCUGCACGGGUGGAUCUGUUUCGUGGCCGUGAAACACAGAUCUUUCUGUACUCCAGCCUCGAAGCGGAGCACACGUCAAACCAGCCGAUCGCCCCUGUCAGUGAUAGUCUCGGGGCUAACCCGGGGUCGCAGACAUUAGUGGACACAACAUCCAAUAAUAACACCAAUGACAGCCAGCAUCCCACUAUCUCCUUAAUUUGUACCCUGGUCGCCAGCCAACCCGUCCAGGACCUGGCCCGCGCGCAACUAUUGGCUCUCCUGUCUUAUGUCAAAAUCAACUUGCUGCCACCCUACCUGUCAUCCUUGGCGAAACUGCCUGAAGCCACAUCUAUAGCUGGAAAUAGGUUACUACCGUCUAUUCCCGGCAAAAGGGAUGUCCCCCUGAUCCCUGCCCCAGACCCACAGGCUUUUCUCAUCGGCAGCCUUCAUACAGGUCUAUUUUCGCUCCUUCAGCGAUCGGGCGCUUACACUGCAUCGGACCCGGUACCCAAUAUUCGGGUCCAUCGCUUCGACGAUCCGCCUUAUCUCAAGUACUUUUUUCGCAGAUCGCACUUCAGCCCCGAGGAAGAGUCUGGAAAGUUCGUAGAUCACCCAUCAGUCGAUCUAUCGCUCCCGCCUGGAUACAGGUUCCAUGACCGGGCCGGGAGAGAGGGCGUUCUAGACGAGCAUCUGGAUCUUGUGCAAAGUCGGACCCACAUCCCUAGAUCGAGAUCGCAGUUGUCCAUGAUGCCGGGUAUGGCAGUCUACGUGAAUGAUCCGGGAGAUUCCGAUGAAAUGCCUAUUGCCUGGGGAUUUUUGGGAUUGGACGGGGCGCUGGCGACGUUGCAUGUAGAGCCGGAGCAUCGGGGUCGGGGGCUAGCGGUUCCCUUAUCUAAGGCUAUUAUGCGUCGUGGGAUGGCAGUGGAUGGUGUUUUUGGAGCUGGCAGCGUCAAUGUCGAGGACAGUCAGGCCCGAGAGCGUGUGGGCAAUUGGGCUCAUACUGAUGUUGCUAAUUAUAAUAAAGCGAGCCGGAGGGUGAUGGAGAAGAUUGGGGGUCAGGUUUUGACAACUGUUACAUGGGCUGUUCUAGAGCUGUUGGAUUGA